GACGUCGCGCCGCACCUGCCCAGCGAAGACGCUGGGGUAGAAGUCGGCCCCCACAAAUGUGCCCUUGUUAUGUGGGGUGGGCUCCCCGUGGAGUGCGAAGUGCCCCCCCACUUGUGACGUGGAAUGGGCCCCCCUGGUGGUGUGGGGCGGCCCCCCCAUUAUAGUGGGGGUGGGGAUUGGGGGGUGGGCCUUCCCGUGAGCCCUUCCCCCCUUCCUUUGUUGCGGGGGCGUGGGCUCCCUUUAUGAUACUCUCUGUUUCUUUCGGUAAAGUCACGUAGAUAGAAAAAAAUAACAAAAUAAAACACGACGUUUCGGUCUCUCAAGACAAGCGCCCGUCUUCAGGAAUUGUGUGAAAAUAGCCAUCAGAUAUCUGAAAUUUGACCUCGAAUAAACCGCCAACUUCAAGGACGUGGAACGAAAACCUUACAGAGACGCAGAAAGAGAGACUCCAAUUCUCAGCAGCCAUGGCAGACUGGAGCCACGACAGAAGCAAGCGAGUGGACAUGUGGAAAAAGUUCGGGUGCCUUGCCCCGUUCGUGAACACGGGGCUGACUGCAUUCUUCCUGGGAGACAACAACGGCUACUGGGGUGCUGUAGUUUAUGGGGACACGCACAGCAUCGAGGUGACCAAGGAGACACGUGAGGAGAGUGGUGCCUUCACGGUGGAGCACGCCCCCUCCGGGGGAGCCAAGGUUCUGAUUAAAGACCAGCGUGGGGUCUUUCUCAGCCGCUUCACCAGGUCUGGAAUUAACCACAUCGAUGCAGCCAAGCCCACCCAGGACAUCUUCUGUGAAUUUGAGGUCAUUCCCUUUGGGGUUCACCGCGUGGCGUUCAGAGCCGACAAUGGGAAGUACCUGUCACGAAUUCAUCGUGACAAACAAAACCUGGAGGCGGGCAAAGACAAAGUGGACUCUUACUGCCUCUUCAAGGUGCAUUUCGCCAAGUCACAGUUUGGGAUCCUGGCUGACUUCCUGAACUCAGCUCCGGGCCAAGUCUCGUUUUCCACUCUCGACUGUAACUACUGGAGCUGCGCGGACCAAGCUGAUGGGGUCCGCAAGAUCGUGGCAAAAAGAGAAACUAUGGAUGAGAGCUGCGCUUUCUCCGUUAUCUCCGGACCCAAGGGCAGCUCCAAGGUCCUUCUGCUUGAUGCCAGAGGUGUCUACCUGAGCCGCAUUCACAGGAGUGGCAUUGACUACAUUGAGGCGGCCAAGUCCAGCCCAGACGUGCAUUGUGAGUUCGACGUUAUCCCUCAGGGCACGAACUCGGUGGCUUUCCGUGCUGACAAUGGAAUGUUCCUAUUGAUAUCGGACAGCAGCAACCGCGAGAUCCGUGCGGCGAGUGAAUUCACCGACAUGUUCACUCUCUUCAAGCCAGUGCCUUACCUACUGCCGCUGGGAGCCCUGGAGCAGUAUGUGGAGCGGUCAGGUCCAAUUAUGUUUUAUUGUGACAAUGGUAAGUACUGGAGCCGCAAGGACAGGAAUGGCAUUAACAACAUCGAGGCGAUCGGGGACAUGUUCGACGAGAAGGGAUCAUUCACCGUGAUGCGAUCCGCAUCGGGGGGAGGCAAGAUCCUGAUCAGAGACGAGCGUGGGGUCUACCUGAGCCGAAUCCACAGGGGAGGAAUUGACCACAUCGAGGCGGCGAAACCUAUCGCAGACAUCUACUGCGAGUUUGAAGUCUUCCCCGUUGGACUCAACAAGGUGGCCCUGAUUGCUGAUAAUGGAAAGUUCGUAAGCCGUAUCAAUCGGAAUGUCGAUAACAUCGAGGCAGCGAAGAAAGCACGCGACAUAUACUGCGAGUUUGAGCCGUGCCCCUUUCCUGAUCCGAAACCUCAUCCAUGUUCUGUAAGACCCCUGCGCUGCGUCUGCGAAUGAAAGAAACUGUGUGGGUUCUUGAAGCUAGAGUUGUUGAGAUAUAAAUUUUUCUAUAUUACAAUAUGCUAACAUCAGAUUUAAUGAUAAUAAUAAGGCUCUUAUCUCACACUAACAGACUCACGGAUGCCCACACACUUUCACAGAGGCCCAUAGACUUGUACCGUGACCAAUAGACUCAAAUGUUGUUGUUAUUUCAUCAUUACUUGGCUAGUAGGAUAUGUUAAGAUAAAAGAACAACAAUAAUCUUUCCAAAAUGGGCUACAGUGGAACCCUUCUUAACGACCACCCCUGUUAACGGCUAAUCGCUUAACGAGGGGCCUCCACAGAGCCCAAUGUGUUCGCUUACUGACCAGGUCUUGGCCAAUCAGCGACGUUCAUUCAUGAGCAUUGGGGCAUUAUUUACAUUCGGUGUCUGCUGCCCUUGGAAAUGGAAACAUCUCUUUUUGAAUUCUUGGUGUAUUUAGACUUAAAACUUAAAUUACAUUCGAAAUUAUGACUCCAAAAAUGCUUACGAAUAAAGACAGUGAGGAAGACAAUUAGUGUUUUAACUAAGAAAUAAAUAAUUGAAAACCUGAAAAGGUGUACAGAUAUGUACUUUGUGCAUUGAAUAUGGCCUGCCCUCGCUUAAAGACCAAAUCGCUGUUUGACUGGUUUCGUAGAACCAAUUACUGUCGUUAAGAAUGGUUCGACUGUAUGGUAAUACUAUAGCGUUAUAGUAUUACCAUAUUGACUUAAAGCUGUCGUGAUUGUAGGAAUUCAUAUUCUUUGGGUCUUUUGGUAAAGCCACGUAGAUAGAAAAAUAAUGAAUAUAUCACGACGUAUAUUUUUUUCACCUGAUGCGAUCGAAACGUCGUGAUAUUUUUUUAUUAUUUUUCUAUCUACGUGGCUUUACCGAAAGACCCAAAGAAUAUUACCAAAUUUCAGCAAGCUUUCGCUAACCCUAGCUUACUUUUGAAUAAGCUUACUCUUGCUUGUGUAUUCCCAACUACCACUGCAUGUAGUGGCUAGGAUUUACUUGUGACCCUGAAAGAAUAGAAUAGUACGUGGCAGGAAAAUGCUGUAGAUGUAAUCAGGAGUAGGAGGAGGUAGAUAUAGAGGGCAGGUUACCAGGGUGCGCAUUGGAGUGGUAGCCAGAGGUCAGCGACCAAGGAGAAGACCUAGAUCCAGCCAUUGAUGGUGGUGGUUGUCCUUCAAGGUCUGAAAUUGCCUAUGUGGGAUAUAACAUAGCAAAUCAAUGGGAAUGUGUGGUGGCAUCAAACAGCACGAGCAAAGAUUGCACGCAUGUGAAUGUAUUAAUUGCUUGUAAUGCACCAAUUGUAAUAAAUAAUGUCUCUAC